AUGGGUAACAAGAAGACUGCCCCGUGUGAGGGUUCUAGCGGAACCUUGCCCCCUCUGUCUGCCACCGACUUCCGGGCCUACAACCGCCUGUCGGAACAGAUGGACGCUUUUCACAAUCACUUCCGUUUGGCAUGGAACCAGCUCUAUGAUGCUUGUUCGAGUACCGGGAAACGGCCUAGUGGUCUCUCCGCCCGUCAAAUGAUCAUGAUGGGUCUCCAAUUUUGCUCCCAGCUCGACUUUCACCACUCCAUUGAAGAGCAGCACAUCUUCCCCGUGCUUGCGAAGAAAAUGCCAGAGUUUCGCAAAGAGCUUGAGCUGCUCACCCAGCACAAGCAGAUUCAUGCAGGCCUGGAAAAACUCGAGGCUUACCUCGAGAAAUGUCGUUCUGGCGAGGAAGAUAUGCGCCGCGAAGAGAUCAAGCGACUGAUGGACGAAUUCGGAAAGGUGCUCUGGCAGCAUUUGGACCAAGAAGUCGAGACUUUGAAGGCUGAUAAUAUGCGCCAAUACUGGACUGUCGAGGAGAUGCGCCGUCUUCCUAUGUGA